UCUCUGCUUGUACUUUGACACCACUUCCUCUCCAGUAAUGGCGUCUCUGUGAAACAGACCUACAGCAAACGUUUGAAAACUACAUCAGAAAACCAACUAAUCGAGGCACUCGUAUAGCGAUUUGAGCAAGAUGCCAGUGUCAGUAGGGUCAUACGGACAGGCUGCCCAACCCAGCUGUUUUGACAGAGUCAAGAUGGGCUUCAUGAUGGGGUUUGCAGUGGGCAUGGCAGCGGGUGCCAUGUUCGGAACCUUCUCCUGUCUGAGGAUCGGCAUGAGGGGACGAGAGCUGAUGGGAGGAGUUGGGAAGACAAUGAUGCAAAGCGGCGGCACAUUCGGAACCUUCAUGUCGAUUGGGAUGGGAAUCCGAUGUUAAAACCACACUGAUUUCAUCUGUCAAGUUACAGGACUUUGAAGCAUUUCUAGAUUCAUCCAUUUGUCACCAUACUCACAUUCGAUGACACGGGUGUCAAUAAAGACAAUGAUUAAAAACACUGCAGAUUUUCCAGU